AUGUCGGUAGUGGAUGGCGGCGCACUUGACUGCAGCGCGUGCUACUCCCCACUGAAGCCGCCAGUCUUCCAGUGUGACGUGGGACACCUGCUGUGCUCAUCGUGCAGCGAGAAGAUGGCCGGAGCGCGGAGGUGCCAUGCGUGCCGGCGCGUCCUCGACGGCGCUGGAUACCGCCCGUGCUACAGCGUGGACCGUAUCUUGGGGUGCCUGCAGGUGUCAUGCCCCAACGCCGGCUACGGCUGCUCCGCCAGGCUGGCCCGCCACGACCAGCGCGCGCACCUCCUCCAGGCGUGCCGGCACGGGCCAUGCCACUGCCCGGCAGAGGCCUGCGCCUUCAUCCGCCCGGUGACGGCGCUCUGGGACCAUUUCUCCGCGGCGCACGGGUGGCCGUGCACCACCGCCGUUCUGACCGGGGGCGAGAACAGCGUCCACCUCCGCGACGGCUUCAGUGUCGUCAACCUUGUCUUCUCCUGCUGA